CGGGAAUGUCAGCCUCUUCCUGCAGAGAUUUUCGCUGCGCCACAUUUAACUACACCACGAUUGGACAGGCGAGAACUCACGUUGCAGGACAUUCGUAUGGCAGACGAAAGCGCUGGUAGAAUCUUGCCUCCUUCGCCACCACUGCCGAAAGUGGAAAUCAAUGUGGCGUCGACCCCACGGUUGGGCAACAAAGCUUCUCUAGGACUGGCGUCAGCAGCAUACCAUCUCCACGUGAAGAAGGACCUAGAUACAGGCGC